GGAAACGAACGAGGGGGAGGGAGGUCCCUGUUUUGGAGGAGCUGGGAGCGUUGCCGGCCCCUGAAGUGGAGCGAGAGGGAGGUGCUUCGCCGUUUCUCCUGCCGGGGGAGGUCCUGGCUUCCCGUGGAGGCUCCGGACCAAACCCCUUCAGCUUCUCCCUCCGGAUCGAUGUGCUGCUGUUAACCCGUGAGGAGGCGGCGGCCGCGGAAGAUGGUGUUGCUGAGAGUGUUAAUUCUGCUCCUCUCCUGGGCGGCGGGGCUGGGAGGUCAGUAUGGAAAUCCUUUAAAUAAAUACAUUAGACAUUAUGAAGGAUUAUCUUAUGAUGUGGAUUCAUUACACCAAAAACACCAGCGUGCCAAAAGAGCAGUCUCACACGAGGACCAGUUUUUACGUCUAGAUUUCCAUGCCCAUGGAAGACAUUUCAAUCUACGAAUGAAGAGGGACACUUCCCUAUUUAGUGAUGAAUUUAAAGUAGAAACAUCAAAUAAAAUACUUGAUUAUGAUACCUCUCAUAUAUACACUGGACAUAUUUAUGGUGAAGAAGGAAGUUUUAGCCAUGGGUCUGUUAUUGAUGGAAGAUUUGAAGGGUUCAUCCGGACUCAUGGUGGCACAUUUUACGUUGAGCCAGCAGAGAGAUAUAUUAAAGACCGAACUCUGCCAUUUCACUCUGUUAUUUAUCAUGAAGAUGAUAUUAACUAUCCUCAUAAAUAUGGUCCACAGGGGGGCUGUGCAGAUCAUACAGUAUUCGAAAGGAUGAGGAAGUACCAGAUGACUGGUGUAGAGAAAGUAACAUGGACACCUCAAGAAGGACAUGCUGUUAAUGGUCCAGAACUCCUGAGGAAAAAACGUACAACUUCAGCUGAAAAAAAUACUUGUCAGCUUUAUAUUCAGACUGAUCAUCUGUUCUUUAAAUAUUAUGGAACACGAGAAGCUGUGAUUGCCCAGAUAUCCAGUCAUGUUAAAGCGAUUGAUACAAUUUACCAGACUACAGACUUCUCCGGAAUCCGUAACAUCAGUUUUAUGGUGAAACGCAUAAGAAUCAACACAACUGCUGAUGAGAAGGACCCUACAAAUCCCUUCCGAUUUCCAAAUAUUGGUGUGGAGAAGUUUCUGGAAUUGAAUUCUGAGCAGAAUCAUGAUGACUACUGUUUGGCCUAUGUCUUCACAGACCGAGAUUUUGAUGAUGGUGUUCUUGGUCUGGCUUGGGUUGGAGCACCUUCAGGAAGCUCUGGAGGAAUAUGUGAAAAAAGUAAACUCUAUUCAGAUGGUAAGAAGAAGUCCUUAAACACUGGAAUUAUUACUGUUCAGAACUAUGGGUCUCAUGUACCCCCCAAAGUCUCUCAUAUUACUUUUGCUCAUGAAGUUGGACAUAACUUUGGUUCUCCACAUGAUUCUGGAACAGAGUGCACUCCAGGAGAAUCUAAGAAUUUAGGACAAAAAGAAAAUGGCAAUUACAUCAUGUAUGCAAGAGCAACAUCUGGGGACAAACUUAACAACAACAAGUUCUCCCUCUGUAGUAUUAGAAAUAUAAGCCAAGUGCUUGAGAAGAAGAGAAACAACUGUUUUGUUGAAUCUGGCCAACCUAUUUGCGGCAAUGGAAUGGUAGAGCAAGGUGAAGAAUGUGAUUGUGGCUAUAGCGAUCAGUGUAAAGAUGAGUGCUGCUAUGAUGCAAACCAGCCAGAGGGGAAAAAGUGCAAGCUGAAGCCUGGAAAACAGUGCAGUCCAAGUCAAGGUCCUUGUUGUACAGCACAGUGUGCAUUCAAGUCAAAAACUGAGAAAUGUCGGGAUGAUUCAGACUGUGCAAAAGAAGGAAUGUGUAAUGGCAUCACAGCUCUCUGCCCAGCAUCUGACCCUAAACAGAACUUUACAGACUGUAAUAGGCAUACACAAGUGUGCAUUAAUGGGCAAUGUGCAGGUUCUAUCUGUGAGAAAUAUGGCUUGGAGGAGUGUACCUGUGCCAGUUCUGAAAGCAAAGAUGAUAAGGAAUUAUGCCAUGUCUGCUGUAUGAAGAAGAUGGAUCCAUCAACUUGUGCCAGUACAGGGUCUGUGCAGUGGAGCAAGCAUUUCGGUGGUCGAACUAUCACCCUGCAACCUGGAUCUCCUUGCAAUGAUUUUAGAGGCUACUGUGAUGUUUUCAUGCGGUGCAGAUUAGUAGAUGCUGAUGGUCCUCUAGCUAGGCUUAAAAAAGCAAUUUUUAGUCCAGAGCUCUAUGAAAACAUUGCUGAAUGGAUUGUGGCUAAUUGGUGGGCAGUGUUACUUAUGGGAAUUGCCCUGAUCAUGUUAAUGGCUGGAUUUAUUAAGAUAUGCAGUGUUCAUACUCCAAGUAGUAAUCCAAAGUUGCCUCCUCCUAAACCUCUUCCAGGCACUUUAAAGAGGAGGAGACCUCCACCGCCCAUUCAGCAACCCCAGCGUCAGAGGCCCCGGGAGAGUUAUCAGAUGGGACACAUGAGACGUUAACUGCAGCUUUUGCCUUGGUUCUUCCUAGUGCCUACAAUGGGAAAACUUCACUCCAAAGAGAAACCUAUUAAAUCAUCAUCCGCAAACUAACCCUCACAGAUAACAGUCGAAGAAAAAAAUGGCAAGAGAUCAUGUCCUCAGACCAGGUGGAAUUACUUAAAUUUUAAAGCCUGAAAAUUCCAAUUUGGGGGUGGGGGGUGUAAAAGGAACCCAAUUUUCUUAUGAACAGAUAUUUUUAACCUAAUGGCACAAAGUCUUAGAAUAUUACUAUGUGCCCCAUGUUCCCUGUUCUUCGUUGCUGCAUUUUCUUCACUUGCAGCCAAACUUGGCUCUCGACAAACUUUUAUCACAAAUUGAAAUAUAUAUAUAUUUUUUUCAACUGCCAAUCAAGGCUAGGAGGCUUGACCACCUCAACAUUGGAGACAUCACUUGCCAAUGUACAUACCUUGUUAUAUGCAGACAUGUAUUUCUUACGUACACUGUACUUCUGUGUGCAAUUGUAAACAGAAAUUGCAAUAUGGAUGUUUCUUUGUAUUAUAAAAUUUUUCCGCUCUUAAUGAAAAAUUACUGUUUAACUGACAUACUCAGGAUAACAGAGAAUGGUGGUAUUCAUUGGUCCAGGAUUCUGUAAUGCUUUAUAUAGGCAGUUUUGAAACGAGAAACAAUUUACCUUUUUCUUGUGAUGGAGUUGGUUCUGAUAUUCAUUUUGUCUUUAUCAAAUGGCUGCUAAGAGCACAUGAGUGACUACGCUGAAGAACACAGUUAAGUGUUGUGCAAACUGGACAUAUGCAGCAUACUACUUAGAGUUAGUUCUUUAUGUAAAUGUCUGAUUUCUGCUUAGUUAUUUUAAACUUUCUAAUUCAAUUCCAUUUUUGAAUUGAUAGGUGAAAUUUUUUUCAUACUUUGGUAGAAAUUAUGUCAAUGAAAUGAUUCUUUUUAUUUGUAGCUUCUUAUUUGUGUUUUCCAUAUAUCUAAAGUAUGCUAAUUAUGUUGUUGGUUUCGUCUGACAUGGAAAAGAAAAGCUGUGUCUUUAUUUUAUCAAAAUAUUUGAACAGUUUUUUCAGCAUAUCAUCACUGAUCAUUGGUAACCACUAAAGAAGAGUGAUUUGCUCAACUAGUAGUUAAAAUUGUAGAUAGGCCUUCUGACGUUUUUUUUCCUAAAAUACUUUAACGAUAAUGAAGGUGAAACAGCACAAUGUCCCAUUCCAAAUUUAUUUUUUAAAUAGAUGUAAAUAAUUGGCUUUUUAAAGAAAGAAAGCAAAAGCAUUUAAUGUAUUAACAGGCUUAUUGCUAUGCAGGAAUGGAAGGGGGCAUUACAAAAAAAUUUUAAGCUUGUGACGUAUUUAUUGCUUUUGUUUUCCAGCUACAUCACUUAAAUUAGAAGUAAACAGCUAUGAUUUUCCUGGCCUCGCAUAGGAGGCAAAUUUAGAGAAAGUUGAAAAGAUUUGUGUUUUGGCUUUUUUUUUUUCCUUUUUUUUCUUCAGAGUAUAAGGUUUACACAAUCAUUCUCAUAAUGUGACGCAAGCCAGCAAGGCCAAAAAUGCUAGAGAAAACAAUGGGAUCUCUUCCUUGUAAACUUGUACAGUAUGUGGUGACUUUUUUCAAAAUACAGCUUUUUGUACAUGAUUUAGAGACAAAUUUUGUACAUGAAACCCCAGAUAGACUAUAAAUAAUUCUAAACAAACAAGUAGGUAGAUAUGUAAUUGCUUUUAAAUCAUUUAAAUGCCUUUGUUUUUGGACUGUGCAAAGGUUGGAAGUGGGUUUGCAUUUCUAAAAUGGUGACUUUUAUUCUGCAAGAGUUCUUAGUAACUUCUUGAGUGUGGUAGACUUUGGAACAUGUACAUUUUUUGCUUGUAAUGUUAUCCUGUGGUAGGGUUUUGGCAGGUACACACUGCCCUAUUUUAUUUUGAGUCUAAGUUAAAUGUUUUCUGAAAAGAGAUACGUGCACUGAACUCUUUCCACUACAAAUCAAGAUGUGGUAAAACAAAAGGAUCAAGAGAAAUGAGAUCUAAUACUACUGUCAGUUUAAUGUCCACUGUGUUUUAUACAGUAUCUUUUUGUUCACUUUGGAAAUUUUUACUAAAAAUUGCAAAAAACAAAGUAUUGUGCAAAGAUGUAAGGUUUUUUGAAACUUGAAAUGCAUUAUUAAUAAAUAGACUUGAUGAAAUCAACUUGAAGGUUCCAUACUCUUUGAACUCUGAGAACUAUCAAAAGAAGCUUCCCACAAGGCAACUUUUCCUUACUAAAUGAAAGAGAUUGUUAAGCUGAAAGAGCAUUGUCCCUUCCCACACGAGUACGGAUAUCUUUAUUCCUAGUUAGGAGUCCAUGUAAAAAAUUUAUGAUAAGAUAUCUCUGUAUCUACACACAAUGAACAUUUUACUUAACUAAUCUUAACUGCUUUACAUUAUUUCUAAUCAAUAUUCAAAAUGUUUAAAGUGUUCGUCUUGGUGGAAGAGCUGUGGUCUUAUAUGAAUUUGGCAAAGUUUUCAAUGCUAAGUACCUCACUUAUUUUAAAAAUCUAGUUUAAUAGUAAAUAUAUUUUAAAAUUUUGAACCACAUUUUCCUGCUUUGUCAAAUUCAUAGCAAAUAAGGAGAGAAUUGACAUUUCAGUCUUAUCUAGAAAAAGAGUUAAAAGCCCAGAAUGGUGCUGUGCACAGAAUAAUCUGCCCCAAAUUCUUUUUUUGUUUUUAAUUGAGGCCAACUGUAAAUAAGUAGUAUUUGUUAAAUGAGUAAAUAUGCCAUACUUUUUAGUUACUUUAAUUUAAAAACAUCAAAAUGUAUAUUAUGUUUAAUUUUGUUUGUCCAUGAAACCAUCAAUAUUGACUAAUUCAGAUGAUUGCAAAUUUGUUAUUUUUUUCUUACAAUUGAAUUAUAAGUUUAUUUUAAAUUUUAUUUAGAGUUUUUUUUCAGCUUUCUAAAUUCAGGCAACAACUCACAAACAAAAUCAACAAUAAAGUAAAUUAUUACAGUUUCUGAACUUAGUUCUAGACUGUAGUGUCAGGUGAUAUCAUACAGUUUUGGGAAGGACUUCUUUAAGGGAAAGGCAACUUUAUCCAAUCAGUCUGGUUUUCUGAAGUGUCUUCAGCACUUUGUGCUUUGGGUACUUCAUUUUUGUCAUAUUCACAAACUAGUGAAAUCUGAAGAUUUCUCCAAAUUAAGCAAACUACUCUUUAGUCCUUAUCUCUGUCCAUAUGGUCUGUACAUUUUAAGACCUAAUAAAAUUAUUGUUUCUCCAAAGAUGGGAUUAGUGUCCUUGGCAGCUGCGCAGUUCUAGGUACUUGAGCUUGUGCCUUUAAUUUCUUGUGAAGUAUUUCUAAUUGAAAGUGUAAGAGGGUCAGUGUAGUAAAUGCCUUACAAAACUGGACAGUCUAUCUUCAGGGGCGUUAAAAGGAGAUGUUCAUUAUCCAGAUUUAAAGAGUCAGGGUCUUCCAAAACUAGAGAGCAAGUUGGAUAUAGUUUUAAAGCAGCUGCCAAGGACAGUUCAUCUUUAGAGAAGUCAGUAAAGUUGCAAGAAAUGGUAGUUUCCUGAAGAGCAUUUUUGACUUCUAAGUAACUAAAAAGAUGAUCAGUUUGCCCCACAGAGCUCAGCUUCAGUUUCAACAUUUCUGGUCUUACGUUCUUGAUUAAAAACAACUUCCAUUUGAAUCUGUUUUUCCAUUUUUAACCAGUUUAGUUUUCCCAUUACUGUUUUUGUAUCCAAUCCUUUAUAUUAUUGGGAUACAAAGUGAGCACUUAUGUUCUAUAUUGCCAUAUUGUUUGUAUGUCUUAGGUAUAUACAUAUAUGCACUAUUUUCAGUAGAAAUUCAUUUAUAAUUGAUAAGCUCUUCAGAAUGUCUAUUCUCUCCUAUAAAAAGUAAUGGGAUGCUAGGUAAAAAUGGAGAGCUGAGCAAAAUACUUGUUUGCAUCUGCUUUUUCCUAAAAUCUCCACUAAAAUCACGGCGAUUGGGAAGAAAAAAGAGCAUAAUCCAACAAGGACAAGGAAUAUUGAAGAGAAGAUAACAAGAACCAAAUUUUGGAAACUGGAAAGCAGAUGGAAGACUAGUAUCUGACUUGGCAGACCCAGGAAAGCCAAAUCCUAAACCAGCAGUGGAAACAUGAGCCCAGUUUGCAUUAAGAUUUUGGGAUAUAGCCUUCAAGACCUUUUUCUAUGCAUGUGGCUAAUGGCAUAAUAUGCACACUUUUGUAACCCACCUUUCUUAUUUAACAAUACAUUGAUAUUGUAUCUACAUCAUUUUAAUGACUGUAAAUAUUUUAUUCUAUGGCUGUAUUGUACAUUUUAAAAAUUAACCAAUUCCCUCUUGCUUGGACGUUUAGGUUUUCAGAUUGUACGUUAUUUUAAACAAUCUUACAAGGGAAAUCCUAAGCCUAAUAAUAAAAUAAAUUCCUAAAAUUGGAAUUGUUGGAUUAAAGGUUUUUUAAAGGUCCUUGAUAGAAAUUAUGAUAUUGUCCUCCAGGUAGUUGUGCCGUUACACUCCUACCAUCAACAUAUAAGAAUACUUCCACCAUUAGCAUAUUAUCAUAUAGAUAAUUUUGUUUUUAAUCUGAGAGCCUCACACUUAAAAAUUCACAUGUAUGCAGCCACAUGAAUUUAUUAGAAACAGUAGUAGAAGACUCCUGCUUAAUUGACUUUAUUAGCUUUGGACAUAAUUCAAAUAAAAGUCAAAUGUAGUGCCCCGAUUAUGGUCUCUAAAUACCAUUUUUUUGAAAGAAACCACUUUCUUGGAUAAAUGGCUAAUUCCAGGUCUAGGGAAAAAAAUGUACAAGAAGAGCUUAGAAAACACUCGGUCAUACCAGAAAGCACAGAAGCCAUUAGAAGUCUGUCAAAAAGGAUUCAGGAGCCACCUGAAGAAGUUGCCACUGGCCAAAGCUGAGAUAAUUUUAGCAUCAGUAAGGAUAAUAUCUGCAAGAAAUUGAAGCUUAUAUUAUGUUUUACUCUGUGAGUUAAUAAUGAUAGUUUACAAAAUCAUAAUUACCUUUGGAAUAUGCUGUUAAGUAUUCCAGCUAACAAGUUAAAGAGGAAUGAUAGAAUAUCACCAUUUUAUUCCCCAAUGAUCACCAGUGACUGCUAACCUCACAAACAGAUUGCAGUCAAACGUUUUGUUCCUUCUAAUGGAAAUACACGUACCAUUUAUGAAGCAGUCCUGCCAAAAGUUGAAUCUGAUCCUGAUCAGACCUCCAGAUCUAACCACCCCUUUACUGGAAAUACAGGAAACGAAGGAACAUGUUAAGUGAUACCACAAGGGAUUCAAUCAGCAAAAUCCAGACUGGAAAACUACAGGACAAAUGACCCUGUUUCUUCAACGAUAGAAUUGCAAGGAAAAAAGAAAAAGAUGGACUGAAAAAGACUUAAGGGAUUUAAGGACUUAAGUUCAUACGAUUUAUGGACUUAUUUCCGUCUUGAUUUGAACAAACAAUAGAAAAUGAGACCAUUGGGGAAAUAUGAAAACUAACUGGAUAUUUGAUGAUUUUAAGGAUUUUUACAAUUUUUAGGUGUGAUAAGGAUAUCGUGGUUACAUUUUUAAAAGGAGCCCUUUUAGAGAUGCAAAUUGAAAUACUUAGAAAUGAAAUGAUAAUGGUGUUUAGGAUUUGCUUAAAAAUAAUUGAGGAGUUGGAGUUGGGUAGUGUGUAAGAAUAUAGUUGAAAGACGAUUGACCAUGAGUUGAUAAUUGUUGAAGCUGGGUGAUGUGUACUUGGGGAUUCAUUAUUCUAUUUUCUCUACCUGUGUUUAUAUUCAGAAAUUUCCAUAAAAAUUUUUUAAAUGUGAAUCAAAGUCAUAUAGAAACUCAUUCAUUACUGUUUUUACUUUAGCAAUAAUUUAUGAUAAUGGCCUAUAUUCAUAAUGAUUUUUUAUAAUGAUUUUUUUUAGUGGAAUUAAACUUGAACCAGUCAAGCUAGCAUAAUUAAUUAUAUUCUGCUCCAGUUACAAUGAAUGACUAAUUGAUUUCAACUGCUAGGGUGAAUGUGUGAAGCUAUCAGUCAUUCAGCAGUCUUAGCAAGCAGGCCUUUACAUCCUUCCUUGCUCACUGGUUUUUGUGGAGCUUGCUAACUAUUUAAGGAAAAUAUUUAUUUUCUGUUAAAGUAUGUCAGGGAGUGUGAUCAGGUUAUCCACAUUUAACCUGUGUCCCAUAUUAGAAUAAAUGUUAAGUAGCUCAGUACAGUAAACUAGAUUCUACUCUUUCUUGUUAAAAUGAUAAUAGUCCCUGGAGGCGAAAAUGUAUCUUAAAAAAGAUAUCCUAGAAUUGUUUGUUCUCAAUGUGAAGAAAUUAGAAUAAUUUGAUAUAGUGUAGGUUGUCUUGUAGAAAAAGUGCUUCCAUUGCAUGAGUUUUAGAAAUCAUUUUGGACAAGUGAAGGCUAUUCGGUAAUACUGAGCAAAUUAAGCAAUGUUAUUCUUCAUUCUAAAUGUAUAUUUUAUCAUUCUUUUCUCCCCUGCCUUUUGGGCUUGGGAGUUAGCCGCCUUUAUAUUUCUAAACACAAAAGGCCAGUUUUUAUAAAUAAAGAUGUCAGUAUAUUGUGAUUUUUUUUUUCAUUAUUUAGUUUUUUGAUUGUAGUUUUCAUUUUUUGUAAGUCCCUAUUAGUAUCACCUCUGAUUAAGAGAAUUAACCUGUUAACCAUUUUCUUGCCUUUUCUUUUGAAAAUCUUAUCAGAGGCUGUUUGGAAUUCUUUGGCUCCUAUGGUGUGCAUAUGUUGAUUUGCAUGGACUAGUUACCUCAGUUAUUCAUUGAACAGAUAUUUCUUAAGCACUUGGUUGUGCCAGCACCUCUGCAAGAUGAUAGGAAUAAAUUAGGGAACUUAAUAAUGUCCCUGCCCUUGUGAAGCUUACCGUCUGGUAGGUGAGAUAAAUAUUAAUUAAAUAAUCAUGUGACUAUGUGUACAAUUCCAACCGUGAUAAGUGCUAUGAGGGGCAGGCCUUUGGUGAUCCAAGAGCUGAUCGUGCAGGGAUGGGGCAGAUAGGAGGUGGGACCUAGUCAGGAAGGUCAGGGAAUGCUCCCCAAGAAAGUGAUUUGAGCCCAAAUCUGAAGGAUGAAGAGAGGUUAAAUAGGUCAAAUAGGGUUUUUAAUAAUGUUGAAUAGUUAUACAUGGGGCACUGAGAGCUAAUUUUUCUUUGGAGCAAGGUAAUAUUUUUUGCUCUUGAUUUUAUUAUAUGUAAACCAAGCCAUUCAAAUUCCUUUGUGUAUUUUUUUUAAUGAUUUUUCAUUUUUGCUUGGCAUUAUAUUCAUUUACUGAAGAGCUGGCUUGUACUUGGGCAGAUGUCCUACUUGGUUAUUGUUCUUCAGAAUGUUGGCCCAACAAUUUGGGAGUUGUGAAAAGCCCUUGGCCUUUCAGACCUUGACCUCUGUAUCAUGACUACCAUAAACUUGGGGUCAGGACAUCUAACCUCCUACUAUGCUGAGUGAGGUGUCCUCUGAUCUCUGCUGUCUGGCAUUCUCUGCAUCCUUCUGUCAUAGCACAUAUCACAUUCAAUGUAAUCCUGCUUUGUCUAAGCUGAGCUCUUGAAAGAAUCAUCUACGCUCAGUGGCUACUUCAAUUCUCAUUCACUUAUCAACCAACUGCAUUUUGCUCUCACGCCCUCCAGGGACUGCAAUUCAUGCUCUCAGGGAGCUCAUAGUCUAGUGGAAGGAAAGGAGCCCAACGAUUAGUAUGCAGGGGAAUUUGUGCUGUAAAAUAUACAAACACAUGGUGGCUAGAAGCUCAGAGGAGAUGCAUAUGUGAGCCAAGAUGACUUCCCAAAGGAGAGAUACUUGAGCUGAUUGUGGAGUUUUGGUAAAAGUUUGCUCCAACUAGUCACAAGCUUUUAGUCAUGGUGUGAUUGCAGGGCAGUUCCUUGACUGAUGCUCUGUCAGACUUUCACGUGAGUGGGUGUGCUUUUUCCUCUGCCUGGUUGUCCUUUCCCUCUUCGUUCUUCUACAGAACUGCACUUUAUUAAUCUCCAUGUCCUUGAACUUGACUAUAGUAACUGUUCAAUAACCAUUUGUAUUUUAAUAAAGGAUGUGUGCUCUGUAAAUAGGCAAUGAAGCUAAUUUCACAAGCACAAGUGUUAGUCUCAUUAUAACCCCAUACUUCUAACUUUUAACCUCUCUGACUCUAAAUCCCCUGGCAGCACAACCUUCUUCCCUCACCCUUGGGGAGAAAUUUUCUUUCAGAAUAUAAUAUGCACUUGUAUUUAUAGGAUAUAAAAUAUACCCACCACGUUUUACACAAAUGGGAAAAGAACAGCUUAGCUUUGGAGCGUGUAAGCAGCAAAUUGUAACUCCUGGCAGAAGAAGAAAUGGAUUCAGAAAGCUCGAAUUAGAAAUUAAAUGGGGAGGCCCUAGCUUCUUUGUGUGUGGGAACAAGUGUUUUCUUUAGCUAAAUCAUCUCUGGUAUUUUUUAUUUGACUAUUUCAUAAUGAAAAGUGGAUGUUAAACAUUUUGUAGAUGGUGUUUUCCUGCAGCAAAUCUGCUGAUCAACAUUUAUCUAUAAAGUUUUUCCACAAAAUUCUAGUUCCAUAGGUUUUUAAACAAAUAUAUCAGAAAGCAAAAGUUGGAAGGGAGUAUGGAUUCCAGGGUUAAAUGGAAAUGCUAAGUUAAAAUCGAACAGGUUUUUGUUUACUUUUAUUUUCAUUUAUUGAUUUUUUGUUUUUUUAAUUUUUGUUUAUUUUUAAUUUAAUUUUAAUUUUUUUUUGCUGAGGAUUCUCCCUGAGCUAACAUCCGUUGCCAAUCUUCAUCUGUUUUGUAUGUGAGCUGCCACCACAGCAUGGUCACUUGUCACUGACAGAGGAGUGGUGUUAGGUCCAGGCCUGGGAACUGAACCCAGGCCGCUGAAGCAGAGUGUGCCAAACUUAACCACUAGGCCACCAGAGCUGGCCCCUCAUUUAUUGAUGUUUUUAAAGUGAGGUAAUUCUUAGAGCCUCUACUGUACUAACACUGAAUGUGAUUUCUAAAAGGGUCUUAUAGUAGAUAGUGCUCCCACCCAGGUAACUCUUUCUCUCUUUUUCCUCUGAAGAGUCUAGGUUCUGCAGAAACAUUUGGGGAAUUACUGCUUAGAUGGUGGGUACUUUUGUAGGGUCCCCAGCCAGAAAUAGGUUCUCUUUACUUAGGGAAUUCUCACUGGUGAGUGGAAAAAGCAAGCAUUAAUAUGUAUGGUCUGAUUUCUUGUGUGUGAAAAUGUUUUGUUUGUAAAAACAUAAUUUAUUUAUAGAAAAUGUCUAAAUUGAUGCAUUAAAAAACUGUUAAGUUAUUUCUGAGUACUGGAAUUAAGAGUCUUGGGAGAGGAAGAUGAUUUUUAUUUUUUGUCUUUCCAUACUGCUUGGAUUUUUUAUGAACUGAGAUUCUUUUUAUAAUAAAUAACUUUUAAAAUAACUAAAUACAUUGUGAUGUCAAAUAUGUUACAAUGCAUUGUCGAUGUUGAUUGUUGACGUUGGAUAAUGGGAAUAUUGGGCUUCA